CAGCCACCGUCCAUAACAUCAAACAAACUCCACAAAGAUAGAUACCCACGCCGGACCAUUUCCUUUACCCAGCAACUAGGACAUCUCCAAUCUCAACCCCCAAAUCACAUCACAUGAGCACAAACCUCUAGAUUAGAUACAUCACACGCAGACCUGGCCGCGUAAAGGCCACGCUAAAAUGCUAAACUGGCUGAAGACACUAUUUAUCCAUAAAGAAGAAUCGACCGCCCACUCGCGAAGAAGUAGGAGGGCAAGGAAACGUGCGAGUAAGGCGCGGGCGAAACGACGCUUUGAGCUAGAAGAGGAACUCAGAAGGAGGAGGAUGGGAGACGGAAAGGUUCCCUUCUUUAUGGGCUCUGUGAUACCUGUUUUGUGGGGUACGCCGGGGCAGAGUGUUGAGAAGCAGCAUGAUCGGAAUACUGUUGUGAGGUAGGAUUGGGCCCUACUAAGUUUCUAUACUUGGGGCCUUGAACCUUGAUAAGGGUGUCGAGUCUAGGGUUUAUAGCGAUAUCUUGAGAAUUUGGAUAAUGGUGAUGGGUAUAAAUGAAACUGUCAUGCUAUAAUUUGUUUUUGUGGUGGGGGGGCGGCUGCUCAAUAUAUUGACAAGGAGCACGAUAUUCAGAAGACAGGAUAGAAGUUACUGAGAACCGUAGGAUAGCGGUCUCACGGCGGCUUCGUUUACAAACAAUUGGUUAUUUGCACUAUUAACUAUAUAUAGCCUGGUCCGUGACUCUGCCAAUGAGUCUUGUCAUAAUGCUUGCUAC